AUGAAUAAGAGUUAUGAUGAUAUAGAAGGCACCCUCCCCAGGAUCGGAGAAAAGUGUACCUUGGAGUAAUUCCAAGAUUUGGAGUAGGCUUAAGAAAUCUGCAGCAAAUUAGGUAACCACAAUUGUCAUUCCUAGAAAGUAAAAUACAAAAGGACAUUUUGAUUGAUGAAAUGAAGUAGAAUCCAUAAGCAUUCUUCAACUUUAAUUUUACUGCUGAUGAUUACUACCUCUUUCUUGUCAAAUAUAGUAUGAUGAGAGCUGAAAGACAAGUGAUCGAACAAGAAUUUACAAAAUAUUUAAAAGAAAAGAAAAUAUUUUUGGAAUGAAUUUUAAUUAAUAUCAUUAUUA